AGACAUUUUUCCAAAGAAGAAUACAAAUGGCCAACAAGCACAUGAAAAAUUGUUCAGCAUUACUAAUCACCAGGGAAAUGCAAAUCCAAACCACAAUAAGAUAUCGCCUCACUCCUGUCGGGGUGGCUAUGAUCAAAAAAAGAUAAGUGUUGGUGAGGAUGUGAGAAACUGGAACCCUUGUGCACUGUUGGUGGGAAUGCAAAAUGGUGCAGCUGCUAUGGAAAACAGUACAGAGAGGUCUCCAAAAGAGCUAAAAGCAGAACUACCAUAUGAUCCAGUAAUCCCACUGCCGGGUAUUUAUCCAAAAGGAUGGAAGUCAGAAUCUCAAAGAGAUGUUAGUACUCCCGACUUUUUACUUCUCUAAGCCUAUACUACCCAGCUCCCUAGAGCACAUGGGUCCCUGUUGCUUUUAAACGCCGCAAAUAAAACCUCACAUCCCAGCGUUAACGCCAGGCAGAAUCCUAAGCACCCGACCCCUCGCCCAAACCUGCCUUCCAGGGACAGGGGAAUUUUGCUCCCUGCCUGAGGAGAUCUCAGCCCCUGUCGUGACAAACCCUAGGGGAAUGUGCCCAGCGACCCGCGGGAGGUCCAGACACGCCCGGCUGUGGGGAAAUCAGGCCCGGGUCAGCGGCCGCGCUCGCAGGGGAAGCGUGACGCGGCAGCCAGAGGGUGGGGGCCGCGGCCGACACUCGCUGGGCGCUCCCCCGUGCCUGGAUUCCCUGGGCGGCCGCCAGCCCCGCUCAGCCUGCGGGGGCGGAGCGCUGCCUUUUCUGUCCCAGGUAGGAGUGGCCGCGGCCAGGGAGGAUACUCGGCCGCUUUGCUGGCCGCUGUCACACGCGCCCCGCGCCCCGCUCACCUCUCUCCUGUGCUCACCCGAGCACACGGUUCAUGCUAGCGCUCUCGGACUGAGCCCGGGUCCUCCGGAACAGCUGCCAGCGAGUAAGCCCCUCCAUCCUCCCAUCAGAGAGACCACAUGGGCCCCGAGGCCACCUGCCCGUGGAGAUGCCCCCUGCCUCGCCUCCAGGUGUGGACCUGGAUCGAGCCCGUGGUGGCCUCCACCCAGGUGGCCACGUCCCUCUACGACGCGGGGCUGCUCCUGGUGGUGAAGGCAUCGUUCGGAGCGGAGACCUCCUCCAACCACAGCGCCAGCCCGUCGCCCCGGGGGGCUCUAGAGGACCAACAGCAGAGGGCCAUCUCCAAUUUCUACAUCAACUACAACCUUGUGAUGGGCCUGACGCCCCUGCUGUCCGCCUACGGGCUGGGCUGGCUCAGCGACCGCUACCACCGCAAGAUCGCCAUCUGCGUGUCCCUGCUGGGCUUCCUGCUCUCCCGCCUCGGGCUGCUGCUCAAGGUGCUGCUGGACUGGCCCGUAGAGGUGCUGUACGGGGCAGCGGCGCUGACCGGGCUGUGCGGCGGCUUCUCGGCGUUCUGGUCGGGAGUCAUGUCCCUGGGAUCCCUCGGCUCCUCCGAGGGCCACCGCUCCGUGCGCCUUAUCCUUAUUGACUUGAUCCUGGGCUUGGCGGGAUUCUGCGGGAGCAUGGCGUCUGGACAUCUCUUCAAGCAGAUGGUUGGGGGAUCCAGGCAAGGUCUGGCGCUGGCAGCCUGCAGCGUGAGCUGUGCCGCUUGUGCGCUUCUGUACAGCCUCUUGGUCCUGAGGGUCCCCGAGUCGAUGUCCAAGCCCAGCAAGGCACUCCCUGCUGUGGAUACCGUGUCUGGCACGGUUGGCACAUAUCGCACCCUAGAUCCUGAUGAGCCAGACAAGCAGAGUGUGGUGGAGCACCCUCCGUCUCCUGGGACAGCAAAGCCCCCAAAAACCAUCAUCGCCCUGCUCUUUGUGGGUGCCAUCUUAUAUGACCUGGCAGUGAUCGGCACAGUGGACGUGAUUCCCCUUUUUGUGCUGAGGGAGCCUCUCAGUUGGAACCAAGUGCAGGUGGGCUAUGGGAUGGCUGCAGGGUACACCAUCUUCAUCACCAGCUUCCUGGGCGUCCUGGUCUUCUCCCGCUGCUUCCGGGACACAACCAUGAUCAUGAUUGGGAUGGUUUCCUUUGGGUCAGGAGCCCUCCUCUUGGCUUUUGUGAAAGAGACAUACAUGUUCUAUAUUGCUCGCGCUAUCAUGCUGUUUGCUCUCAUUCCCAUUACAACCAUCCGAUCAGCAAUGUCUAAACUCAUAAAGGGCUCCUCUUAUGGAAAGGUGUUCGUCAUCCUGCAGCUGUCCCUGACUCUGACCGGAGUGGUGACAUCCACGGUGUACAACAACAUCUAUCAGCUCACCAUGGAGAAGUUCGUCGGUACCUGCUUUGCUCUCUCCUCCUUUUUCUCCUUCCUGGCCAUCAUCCCAAUUGGAUGAGGACACGGAGACUCUGAAGUAUUCUGUAACUUGCCAAAGUUUACACAGCUGUUAAGUGACAGAGACAGGAUUUCAACCCAGGCAAUCUCUCUUGUCCACUACAUGACAUUGCUUCUUAGAAAAGUCGCCGGGUAUCUGCGUGCCGCCUCUCCCAUGUCCUUAGACUAGAGCGCACUGCACUAGUUAGCUGCUGUCUCUCCUGAAUUCUACCAGAACCGACACGUGAUCUACCACCCUCUCUCUCCUCAACCUCCUCUUUAUAACCAACUUCUCCAAAGGCUGGGCUGCACGCGCUGUCUCACGUCCUCACUUCCCAUUGACUCUUCAACUCACCAGUCUGAGGUGCUCCCUCAACUCCACCAGAGCUGCCCUCACUGAGGCCACUAACGACUUCUUCAAAGCAGAAUCCAGUGGACUCACCGCAAUCCUCAGCCCACAUGACUUCUCAGUGGCCACCAACACCGUGGGUCACUCUUUCCUCGGGAGGCACUUGUCACUGUCACCUGGCUUUAUUAACAUCUCACUCUCCCGGUUUUUCUCCUACCUCUCUGAUCACUUCUUCUCUACAAACCUCCAAAUGGAAGAAUACUUUGGGGCUCUGCUCUGGGUCAUCUUCUCAUUUCAUAUUUUCUCUCUAAGCAAUCUGAAGCACUUUCAAAACUUCUAAAUACCCUUUAAAUUUCCAAAGUUGGGCUUUCGAUGUCCUAAGCCUGCUCCCCCUCCAGUCUUUCCCAUCUCCUUAAGUGACACCGCCUCUCACCCAGGAUAGAAAUCUCUCCGUCUUCUUCAUCUCCCCACACCUCCAAUCCAUCAGGCUUUGUUGAUUCCACCUCCAAAGUAUGCCUCAAAUUCAUCCUUUUCUUUUUAUUAUUACAGCUACCACCCCUAGUCCAAAGCACUUGGAUGACCGAAUUAGCCUAUGUACCAUUCUCCCCUCCUCCACUCUUGUUCCCCUCCUGUCCUUUCUCCACCAGGUAGCCAGAGCAAUUUCCUUAAAGUGUAAAUCAGAUCAUGUCAUCUCCCGCUCAAAGCUCUGCACUUGGCUUUCACUGCCUUUAGAAUAGAACCCAAAUGUCUUACCAUGGACCACAAGGUCCUACAUGAUCUGGCCUUGCCAACCUCUCUUGCUCCUAUUCCUGCCACUAACCUCUCUUCCCAACUCUGCUUCAGCCCUAGUAGCCUCCUUUUAUGCUCUUUCCCAUUCUCACCCAUACCUCUUUCUUAACCCAACUAGUCGUGGUCUUAACUUAAACACCAUUUUCUCAAAAAGGAUUUGAGAAAAUCCCCUUCUCAAUCUAAAUUAAAUCCUAUCAUAUCCUCCGAAAGAUUCCUAUACUUUUCCUUCAGAGCAUGACAGUUGAUAAUUACUUAGUGAUUAUGUGUUUCAUAUGCUUGCCCACUAGCCUGUAGGCUCCCUGAGGGCAGGAACCAUGACUGUUUGGCUCACCACAUAUCUUCUGUCCAGCAGAGAGCCCAGCAUGUAAGAAGUACUCAAAAAGCAUUUGUUUAAGGAAUGAAUGAUCUGCCAGAUCUGACACCUACUAGCCAGCACCGCUGACCAUCCACAUUCCAGAGCUGCCUGUUGGCGGACCAUGAAGUCAGGGGCUGGCCAUCACCACGUGGCUGUGCUGUGGUGGUCCACAGUAGGGGUCAGCUGUGGAGUCAGGGUUGCAUCCUGGAGUUCACUGGGUCCUGGGCUGGCUGCCUCCAAGUCUUGACUCUCCUCUUGCCAAUUUUGUAAUACAAUGAGUUUUAAGCACAGUAAGUGCUGCUCCCUGUAGAGCUCAUGGAAGGUGGGAGAUCCAUGUUUGGAAGUUUCCACAAAGCUUUCCCUUAGAGGGUUUGGAUUUAAGCUCGUACCCCAUCCAGCAGCUCCAGGCGCUAUGCAUCAGUCAGGAGGAGCUAUACUCUAGCUUACAACCUGGGCUCAAAGAGCUCAAACAUGAGAAAACUGAAGGCCCAAGAGGUUGAAGGACAUGCCAAUUGUCACACAGAUCCAAGACUUCAACUCAGAGCUCCUCAUUCCUAAGCAUCCAGUCACCUACAAAUAUUUUAAAACAAUGUAAUGAUCAUUUAUGGAAGAGAUAAAGGGGUUAUGGGAAGACAGAAGAUGAGGCAGCUAAUUCUGCUUGGGAUUAGCGAAUCUGGGUCUUGAGAUACAUGUGGCAGUUCAUCAUCAAGCAGAAAUGAAAUGGAAAGAGAUUUCCGGGAAAGGAAAAUGUAGAUGCGAAGGGCUGGAGAUGUUAUGGACUGGAAGGAGCCUGAGUGACAGAAGUUUCCUUGGGCCAUCUCGCUCCACUCAGUACAGCAUUCUGACGAUGGAAUGGAUAAAGGCUCUCAGUCUACUAGUGAUAAAGAGGUGGCUAGAGACCUCCCUGCCAUCAGUGGAGAGGAAAAGGCACCCCCUCUGCCCCGUUCCAGCUGUUCUCUUGUAAUUCUCUAUUGUAAAUU